UUUUUGUGUUGGGUUUAAACAUAAAAUCAGCAAAUUCAGUGACCAUUUCCAGUUCGCAAAAGCAAAAGCCCAAAUCAAUCCAACUCCAAAGGACCAAAGCCCUCUCUGAACAGAAAUCUUCUUUCUCUCUCCUCCGACGACAAACACGCCGGCGACCGGCGACCGACGACGAAAACGAUUGGAAAUUGCGUUUCAUUGAGCAUUGUCAAAGCUUCUUCUCGAAUUUCAGUAGUUCAUAUUUCUUUUCAGAUAUGGAGAGCGUAGCAGAGAGGAAUUGGAGUGAGGAAGUGGAAGACCUAGUAGAAUCUGGAGACAUAGACGCUGCAAUAUCUCUUCUUGAAUCCCUAAUUUUAAAGUUCGAGACCUUAAAUUCAUCAGAUUCACAACCUCAAUUAGCUUCUGCACUCCUUGAAUUGGCCAAACUUUACUCUUCCAAAGGCCUUUCUCUUAAAUCUGAUGAUGCUCGAUCUUGCGCUUCCGCCAUCAACCUUCGCUCCCUUUCUUCUCCUUCCUAUUCCUUUGGUGAAACUUCCUCGGAAGAAGAACAAUCAAGGGUUUCUACUAACAAUAAUUUGCCUGGGUGUAGUUCAGCCAGAAAUGAGUCCACAAAUGAUGGGGAGUGUGACUUAGAUACAAAAUCUUCCACUGAGAAUGUAGCUCCUCAGGAGUCUUCAGAUGAUGACUGGGAAGCUAUAGCGGAUCGUGCACCGGAUGAGUUGAUCUCUCCUCAACGCUUGCCAGAGGUGUCAAAGCUUUCUUUGUAUGACACAGAAGUGAAGAAGGUCCCGAACAGGCGUGGGAGAGGAACCUUUACGUACAAGAAACAAGGAUUGUAUAGUGAUGAAAAAAUAACUUACUCUAUUGCCUCCGAUGCAUCAGACGAAAUUGUUCAUGAUAAAUCUGAGAAAAUUUCUGAAGCAAGAAAUUUAUAUGGUACACAUCAUGUCCUCGUCUUGGAUGGAUUUCUCCCGAGUAUUACAACAACAGAUUUGGAGAGACUUUUUGAAGAUUUCAGAGACCAUGGAUUUGCUAUUCGUUGGGUUGAUGAUACACUUGCACUGGCUGUAUUUCGAACCCCAUCAAUUGCUCUCGAGGCGUGUAAUAGUGUUAAUGUUUCUUUUAAAGUUCGUGUGCUGGAGGAAGUUGAUCCCGUAAUGAGAUCCAUUUCAGUAAAAGACUUGGAACCACCUCGGCAAAGACCAAAGACAUCAGCUCGAACUGCUCAGAGGCUCAUCGCUCAGGAAUUGGGAGUGAAGUUGCCAUCAACUUUUGGGUCUAGGGAGCUAAGGAAGCAGGAAGAUACUAGAAGGAAUCGCAUUGUUACGAGGCAAAUUUUGAGGGAUGAUGCUUGGGGGCCUGAUGAUAAGUAAAUUAGCACAAUUUGAACAAGUACUUCGGUACGUUGUGUUAUGUAUCUCAAUGAAUUUUAUUCCCCUGUUAUUAUUGUUGUAGUUAUGACAUUCAUCUUUAAGUUUAAAGGUGGACAAUGUGUGCUUGCUCUUAGAGCUUGACCCGCAUGAUGUUACUAAAAAGAACGUGGCUAGCCGAUGAGCCUUUCUGUAAGGAGAUGACGACUAUUAUGAGUCUAUGACUUACGACUUCUGAGAUUGGCUUGUAUAAUAUUGCUAUAUAGCCUCAGAUUUUUGUUCUAAGACAUGGUAGAUUUGUGAAAGAAAUGGAGAGUGUAUUGUACAUUAGUAGUGUUAAACAAAACUAUAGACAUAUUUCUCCUUUCCCAAAUAUAUAAAUUAAAAUACCAAAAAAAUAUAAUAUUUUCUA